AUGUGGAAGAACAGCUCGACGUUUGAUUUAAUUAGGCAACAUGGCGAAGAAAAUGGAUACAAGGGAAAUUUACUUCCAAAGAAAUUGCUGUGGCACGGAACGAAGACAGAAAAUGUUGCGUCCAUCUUGUCGAGAGGUCUGGAAGUUGCACCUCCGAGCUCUGAGUCAACUGGUGCUCACUUUGGCCAGGGAAUUUACUUUACCAACUCGUCUUCAAAAGCUGCAAGUUACUGCGGUGCUAGACGGAAGCAGAGGACUUAUGAAGGAAUAAUGCUUCUCUGUGAAGUUGCUCUGGGUCAUAUGGCACAAUUUUAUACUGCACAAAAUAUGUGUCCGCUUCCGACGCAGUUUAACUCUGUGUGGGGAGUUGGACACUUUGCACCUGAUCAAAAUGUAAAGACAAUUCUUUGGAACGAUGUGGAAGUACCUUACGGACCAAUUAUUAAUCGCGCAAAUACCGAUACUGAUUUGGCUCACGAUGAGUUUGUUGUUUAUGAUUCUAAACAAAUUAAGAUCAGAUAUCUCGUUCAUGUUAAUUUUGAGUACAACGACUAUUAUGAUUAG